AUGAGCGGUCGUCCCACCCCGAUUUUUGAGCGGGCACGCUCUUCGUCUGCGGAGGGGGCAUUCUCAGAAUGCCGGUCAUCCCGGACGUUGCAGGAAGUCGAGGUGCAGUUCCAGCUGGUGGUGAAGGGCACCUUCCUCGAGUUCGUGGCGGCAAAGGGCAAAACGGCACGCUGCAAAAGCGCCCCUGCGUCAACGCGAGGAGGUACAUCCUCCCUUGGGUCCCUUCAACACAACGCAGGGUGCAAGCCGUGCGCCUGGUACUGGAAACCCGGGGGCUGCCGCAAUGGAAGCAACUGCCACCACUGCCACCUUUGCCCUCAAGGCGAGCUGACGCGACAGAGGAAGAUGCAUCGAUGGAGUUGCGAACCCACGACGCGUCUUCACAAAGGUCACUCUUCACGUUGA